AUGUCUGAACAAAGUACCCCCAUUUCUACAGCUACAACAAAUAGUGAAAAACCUGCUCCCACGUUGGCUGAGUUUGUUCGGAAGUACAAUAACAAGAAACUUGUUAAAUUUUUGCGUGAGAAUGAAGACGACCUGCAACUUGACGACACUGAUUUUGAAGUCUUACGCAGUGAAAAGGUUACUGGUCGUGUUUUUCUUAAUUCAACCAAGCAAGAUUUUAUAGAUUAUGGCCUGAAAGGUGGACCCGCGAAAUGUCUCGCAGACUUCGCCAAGGAAAUCAAAGAGAAAAAAUUAAAAAGCUUUUCAUCGUGCAAGACUAAGCAAGAGGUGAAAGAGGUUUUUAACAAGUUCGGAUACGAAGAUGCUGACAUAACAUCGAUUUUGCCAUUCAAACCAGAAAUUGUUGAAAUCGAUAGCAAUGAUGAAAGGCUUAAAUUCUGCAUAGAUGAUAUAAAACAGAAGAUAGAACUCUAUG